CCUAUAUCAAGACACGGAUUAGUGGCGAGGCAGCUGAACACAUGUACCCUUUCUUAGAAUCGGAGGAGGACGACGUAACCUCAAUAAGGCUAAUGAGAUUCCUAGACCAGAUCUAUAAGGACCCAAACAGGCGACUAAAAGCUAGAGACGAACUAAAGGAGUUGAGGUAAGGCUACCUAGCGGACUUUCCGAAGUUCCAGUCUACGUUCAUCCGGCUGGCUAAUGAAGCCAGGUUAUCACGCGACUAGUGGAAAGAGGAACUCCACGAUAGACUCUACGACAGUCUAAGGCUAACAAUGGCGGAAGCCGUGGGUAACGACGAAAUUAGCUUCCAGAAGUACUGCAGUAAAGCCACGACGUAGGCACGAGAGCUAGAAAGGUUAGGCAAAGCUAGUAAGGCCCGUAGAGAGAGUUAGAAGCGUGGUAAACCGACUAGAACAACUUCCACCUUAAUAACGACGAAUAGAACUUUAUACCGAUUAGGGAGCGGAGGAACCACCUCACCUAUAACACCACAAGUGACGGAGUAGACCAUAACUGUUCGGA